AUGUCCUCCACAACUCCUCCACCUCCACAACCAGAGCCACCAAAGCCAAUGCACCACCACUCCAAUCCCAAUCCCAUUCCCAUUCCCAACCCUAACCCUACUUUCCUCCCCAAUCCCAAAGACCCUCUCUUUCUUCCUUCUCCUGCUGCCAAUGUGAAACCCACCGUGAUCUCCUCCGAGAAUCGCGCGGCGCCAUUCACCACCAGCGCUGCCACGUCAUCCUCCUCCACCUCCUCCUCCUCUUCCUCCUCCACCUCUACAAUGCUGGGCUCUCUCCCCAACACCAACCCUUUCAUCAGAUCAUCAACCUCCGCCCACCACCACUUUCCCGCCACAACUCACCGGAGGGCCCACUCCGAGGUCAGCUUCCGGCUGCCGGAGGAUCUCAUGGAUCUUUCCGGCCCCGAUCCCUUCACCUCCUCCGCCGCCGCCGCCGCCGACGACGAGGAGGAUCUCUUCUCCACCUACAUCGACCUCGACAAGCUCCAGGCCGGCGCCUCCGCCGCCACCGACGACGACAGCGGCGGCGGCGGAGAGAAGAGGGCGGCGUCGCGGCACAGGCAUAGUAGCUCCGUGGACACGUCGUCGACGUCGACGGGCGUGUUCGGUGAGGUUAUGGAGGCCAAGAAGGCAAUGCCGCCGGAUAAGCUCGCCGAGCUUUGGACUCUUGAUCCAAAGCGCGCCAAAAGGAUAUUAGCAAAUCGGCAGUCUGCUGCUCGCUCAAAGGAGAGGAAGGCCCGCUAUAUACAAGAACUUGAGCGCAAAGUUCAGACCCUUCAGACAGAAGCAACCACUCUUUCUGCCCAACUCACAUUAUUCCAGAGGGACACAACAGGUCUGAAUACUGAAAACACAGAGCUUAAGCUUCGACUACAAGCUAUGGAGCAACAAGCUCAGUUGCGAGAUGCUCUAAAUGAAGCACUGAAGAAGGAGGUUGAGAGGCUCAAGUUUGCCACAGGGGAGAUGAUGAACCAUUCAGAAUCAUUCAACUUGGGAAUGCAGCAGAUGCCAUAUAACAACAACCAGUCGGCUUAUUUUCCAAUUACACAACAGCAACCAGGACCUGCUGGUCACCAGAACAUGCAGAUGCCACCAUUUAAUCAUUCCCAGUCUAGUAUGCCAAGUAACCUUCAUCAGCCAAACUCUCAUACUCUUUCAGAUAUUAUGCAGAACGGCCCUGUUGGUCAGUUACAGGGGCUUGACAUCAGUAAUAAAAUGCCACAUCUCGUGAAGUCUGAAGGCCCCUCACUUUCUGCAAGUGAGAGUAGUACCACUUUUUAA